GAGAAAUUCUUGCAGUGCUGAACAACAGUAAGGGUCCGCGUUGCAUUCACACAGGCGACUGGGAUUGGGUCGGGGACGUUGUCGUCUGAUGCCUCCGUCCCUGAAUUGUGCAAAGGGCUUCAAAUCCAUCUGGGGGUUGGAGUAAAUGUGGUCCCGGCGCCCGUGAAGGCAGUCUUAAAGAAGAACCAUGUACUUUGAGACUCAAUAAUGCAAAAGGAGCUCUCUCACGCUGGAAACGGACAAUGGAGAAAUUGCGUGUAAGUAGCUGACCGCUGUGUAUGCGAUAGAUAGCCCUUUUUUGCAUUUCACUUAAGCUGUGAUCAGAAGGAAAAAAAUCAUUUAUUAACCUGUAUGCAUUACAGUCUUUGGUUUAUUUCACAUUGAACGGACAAAUAGCAUGAUUGUACUUUAACGCUACGCGACUACAGUAUUUUGACUGUUAAUUUUUAUGGGGAGUCCGUUUGCGCGUGAAACGUCUGGAGACAUUACCGAUAAACUGCGAGAACAAACGCGCAUCCCUGUAGCGGUUCCCUGAGAAAGCGAUUGGUCUGCUUCACCAUGAGUUUAGUUGGUGGAUUUCCGCACCAUCCAGUGGUGCAUCACGAUGGCUACUUCGCCGCCGCCAGCCGCUGCCACGAAGAAAACCCGUACUUUCACGGUUGGCUUAUCAGCCACCCAGAAAUGUCUCCCCCCGACUACAGCAUGGCACCGUCGUACAGCCCCGAGUAUGCCAACGGUGCCCCCGGGCUUGACCACUCGCACUACGGGGGUGUUCCGGGAGCUGGCGCCGUUGGGAUAGUGCCCCGUCCCGUGAAACGGAGACCUACGGCGAACCGAAAGGAGAGGCGCAGGACUCAGAGUAUCAACAGCGCCUUCGCCGAGCUCAGGGAGUGCAUUCCUAACGUUCCCGCAGACACCAAGCUGUCCAAAAUAAAAACCCUUCGGUUGGCCACCAGCUAUAUCGCCUACCUCAUGGAUAUUCUGGACAAGGAUGAACAGAACGGGGAAGCCGAGGCCUUCAAAGCAGAGUUUAAAAAGACAGACGUCAAAGAAGAAAGGAGAAAGAAAGAAGUGAAUGAAGUUUUGAAAAGCUCCGCGAGCAGCAACGAUAAGAAAACGAAAGGACGAACUGGUUGGCCGCAGCAUGUCUGGGCUUUGGAACUCAAACAGUGAAAACUCCCCUCUCUUAAAAGACUUGAAAAGAAAAGUCUUCUCCCUUUAUUUUGUACUCUCACUUUAUUUAAUGGAAUAUUUAUGUGCAAUUUCCCGCAAUGAAGAGUGGAUAUUUGAAGAAAACCAUUCCAUUUUUAAGAGGAGGAGAACCGUUUGGUAAGGGAUUCUGUAUGUCGUCUCAUAUGUGGUGAAUGUUUGUUUCGUUGUUCAAGUGGAAAUCAAACAGAUGUUUGACACUAACGUGUUUGUGAAGUGCAAGUUCUCUCUCCCACUCUCUCUCUCUCUGGAUAUAGAUAUUAAUGGAGUUUAACUGAUAUAGUGACGCAAUUCAAGUAAUGUUUUAUUUGGAAAAAAAAUGUCAUGAAGUGUUUUGUUGUCAUUUUUGUGGUCGUCUAGUAUUUGAUGAUGUUUUAAACAGCUGUUGAGUCCACUCAAGUGCACUUCCGUCCAGAAACAUGGAACUUAAAUAAUAUUGGAGAUGUUAACCAUGUAAUUAAUUCAAUAAACCACUGUGUUUUUUAAACAUAGUCCCCUUGUUGCAUAUAUU